CACACAACACAUUCAUAAAUUUCUCAAACUAAGAACUAAGAGCUCCACUACCUACACAUCUUCUCUCCCUCAAAAGUCAGUCAUGGCCAAAUUCAUAACUUUUCUUCUCUUAGUCACAAUUUUCUUCUCUUUCAUUUGUCUCACUAUGUCAAAAGAAGCUGAGUACCAGCCAGAAAGGUAUGGACCCGGAAGUCUGAAAUCAUACCAAUGUGGAGGACAAUGCACGAGGAGGCACGUACGGCAAUAAACAAGUGUGUCCUUGUUACAACAACUGGAAGACUCAACAAGGUGGACCAAAAUGUCCAUAAGCAAAAACAUUAAAAGAGGAACCGCAAUCUACUACUGUAUUGAAUAUUUUCUUUAAUUAAUUCUAGUAUGUUUC